AUGAAGACUUCUCUUCUUGUCGUGCUCAUCAUAGCCCUGUGCACAGAGAAUGCUUUUUCUUUGACAUGUUUCACAUGCAAAGAUGCAUCUUCCAACAUACACUGUCUUGGUACAACCACAUGCUCUGACCAUGAGAAGUACUGUCUCACAACCUAUUCUACCACGGGACUUGGCAAUGACCGUAACCAGCGUAUUACCAAGAAAUGUUCUGCAUUUUGCCCAACAAUUGACCUGAAUAUCGGCAUAGCCGGCGUUGCUACCAGCUGCUGCGAGACUUCCUUGUGCAACAUCAGCGGUGCCAGCAGUGUGAAAACCAGCUACACUAUGAUAGCUCUGGGCGUCUUGGCCAGUCUUGCGUGCAUCCUCCGGCUGGGUUUUUAA